GACACACCAACCUGAGUAGGGCGCCGCGAAUGCCCGACUGCCUCUGACGGCCUCUGACUCCCAAAAUCGAGUAGGUGUGUCAGGGCCUUAAGGUGACUGAGAAAUGCUAAUGCAGAAAAUAGAGUCACAUUCCACUGUGGGAAGACCACAGGAACGAGACUGCUGAAGAGAAAGGUAUGGGAUGAAUAAGAGAUACGGGUGUGAGUGCAGGAGGAGAAGGAAAACACAGUGAAAGUAAACAACAACAAACCAAAGAGGAGAUCAUGGGGUUUCAACACUACUGGCUGCUGCUGCUGCUGCUGGUCGACUGCCACCCACGGAUUACAGGUGCCAUGAGUAGCAUCAGUCCGUAUAUAAAGCAUUACGAGGGCUUGUCAUACGACAGGGAGGAUCUUCACAGGAAGCACCUGAGAGCCAAGAGAGCCUCACAUCCUGAGGAACACACAUUACAGCUGGAUAUUACCGCUUUCAACAGAACUUUCCGUCUGCUUUUGAAACACAAUGCAGAAGCUUUUACCGAAAAUGUCAUGGUGUUCAGGAAAAAUGGUUCCACGCCGGCUGACCUCUCCCACUUAUACUCAGGAAAACUUGAGGGAGAACAUGGUUCAGCCUGCCAUGGCUCGGUGUUACAGGGUCAGUUUGAGGGAACCAUCCACACAGAGAACGGCACCUAUCAUAUAGAGCCAAUGGAAAGAUACACCAGCACCCACACAGACCACCACUCUAUCAUCUACCACGAGGACGACAUGGUCCUUCCUUCCAUGAGAACGGACGCUGAUGGUUUCUGUGGAGCAGAUCAUCUGAACGUCCUCGCCCAAAGACUCAGAGCCGACCAGGAGGCGCCAGUGAGCCGGUCGAGGAGAACAGUGGAUGAGUCAAAGACCAGCUGCCUGAUGCACAUUCAGGCAGAUCACCUUUACUUCAAGAAGUUCAAGUCUGUAGAUGCUGUCGUGGCUCAGGUUGCGUCCUACAUCCGUGUUGUGAAUGACAUCUACGACAAGGUGGACUUUGAUGGAAUCAAGCUGAUCAACUUCAAAGUGAAAUCCCUCAAAAUGAUGGCGGAGGAGGAUCAAAACGACCCCAUGAACCAUCAGUUCAUCGGGCCUGAGAAGCUGCUGAGUCUGUUCUCUGAGAACAACUGGGGCAACUACUGUCUGUCCUACCUGCUCACCAACAGAGACUAUAGCGGCGUGCUGGGGCUCGCCUGGGAGGGCAAAGCUGGUAACUGGGGAGGAAUAUGUUCGCAGCAGACCACCCUGCGUAACGGCAGGAAAUCCACCCUGAACACCGGUCUGGUCACCAUUCAGAACUACGGACAGUUUCUGCCUUCACGACACGUCCAGCAGACCUUCGCUCAUGAGCUCGGUCACAGCCUGGGAUCUCCGCACGAUGAGGGCUCAAACUGCGGUAACCUGGGCUCCAGCGGCGGUAAAGGCCGGUUCCUGAUGUUCCCUCACGCUACAGACGAGGUGCGUGAAAACAACGAGAAGUUCUCGCCCUGCAGCGUCAAACACAUCGCCAAGGUCCUGAAGCUGAAGAAGGACGACUGCUUCGUGGUCAGUGAUCAGCCCAUCUGUGGGAACCAGAUUGUGGAGGAAGGCGAGGAGUGUGAUGUCGGUCACAGCGACACAGACCUCUGCUGCUUCAGUGCCAAACAGCCUGCGGGGGUGCAGUGCCGUCUGAAGAAGGGGAGGGUCUGCAGCCCGAGUCAGGGCCUGUGCUGCGGUCAGGACUGUGAGCUGAGGCCUGAGGGUCAGACCUGUGACGAGGAGACGGACUGUCAGAAAGACGCUCUGUGUUCGGGUCUCUCCCCGUUCUGCUCCGAGCCCAGCAGCAAGGAGAACCUCACCGUGUGCAGCGAGGGCACCAGAGUGUGUGUGAACGGGGUCUGUGCCGAGUCAGUGUGUGUGAAGCACCGCCUUCAGCAGUGCGACUGUCCGGGAGACUCCAUGAAGGAGAAAUGCCACAUGUGCUGCCAGCAGCCCGAUAAGCCUGAGACGUGUGCGAGCACCACCUCCUCCGUGCUGUCCCAUCUCUUCCAGAAAAAGGCGCUGGCGUUGGUGGGAGGGGCUCCGUGCUCCGAGAGUCGAGGAUACUGCGACAAAUUCCACUUUUGUCGCCUUCUGGAUGCAGAUGGACCAAUCGCACGACUCAAAAACUCCUUCCUCAAUUUAGAUGACUUCGAUGACAUAGCAGAGUGGAUGAAGGCUCAAUGGUGGGCCAUCCUGCUGGGGAUCCUCUGUCUGUCCGCAGUGAUGGGCUGCACCGUCUGCCUCUGCGGCCGCAAGCUGAACACCAGGGACCACCUGGAGUGACCUCUGACCUUUGACCCUCUGGGAACAUGAAUAUGUAUCUUCAUGCACAAAUUCAUCAUGCUCAAUCAUCUGGGGAUUCUGAAGUGUCUCGGUCACAUGGAAAGACUUUGCUCCAGUAGCAGGGAGUGAUCUGCAGGCGACAGAGUGAACACCUGCUGAUCACCCCUCAUGCAGUUUUGUUAACUGAUACCUUUGUACGUCAUUAGGUGUCUGCCAUUCACUUUUCCAUCUGUCACUUGGCUGUUCACAUACCCACAAGUCACUGAUGGAUGUGUCUUGGAAAAUGUCUCUGUUACUGUGGGUCUGUCUGCCCCCUUUUUCAGCCACAUGGCAUCUAACAGCCACAUGGCAUCUAACAGCCACAUGCAUCUUAAAGCCACAGCAGUUUAAAUCCACAUGUCCCUCAUAGACUGACGGGACUGCAGCGUCCUUGCUCUUGUAUUUGUUGUGCUAAUUUCAGUUUUCCAUUACAGUGAUACCUUUAGCCUGAAUGCUUUCAUUUGCAUUGCAUGUUUACACAGCUAAUAAAACAACAUGUUUGCCAUCCCAAA